AUGGCGGACGAACCAGGCCAGCCUCCGGCGCUCACCAACUUGAGCCUCGCCGAAACAGCCCCAGCACCCAAGGCUACCGGCCAGGUCGUUACCCCGUUCGAUGUCUCUGGCGGUGUUGACGAAACCGGCAAGCUCCUGCCCGUCGACUAUGAGAAGCUCACCCGCGAGUUCGGUGCCAGUCCUCUCACCCCGGACAUCCUUGAGCGCUUCGAGAAGGUCACCGGCCACCGCCCUCAUCGCUUCAUGCGCCGAGGCAUUGUGUUCAGCCACCGCGAGCUGAACAAGAUUCUGGACCGCCAUGAGAAGGGCCAGCCCUUUUACCUUUACACUGGCCGUGGCCCCAGCAGUGACAGCAUGCACGUGGGACACACUGUGCCAUUCGAGUUUACCAAGUGGUUGCAAGAUGUAUUCGAUGUACCCCUCGUGAUCAUGAUGACCGACGACGAGAAGUACAUGCACUCCCAGAAGAUCGAAAUCGAGGAUGCCAAGCGGUUCACCAAGUUGAACGCACGGGAUAUUAUUGCUGUCGGAUUCGACAUGAAGAAGACUUUCAUUUUCAGCGAUUUCGACUUCGUUGGUGGCGCCUUCUACGAAAACAUCUGCCGCAUGGCCAAGCGCAUCACAAUCAACCAGAUCCGCGGUACCUUCGGCUUCAAUGACAGCAACAACAUUGGCGAGUUCCAUUUCUGUGCCACUCAGUCUGCCACUGCUUUCGCCACCAGUUUCCCCCAUAUCUUCGGUACCGACAAGAAGAAGGUUGCUUCCAUUCCCUGCCUGAUCCCCUGUGCCAUUGAUCAAGAUCCCUACUUCCGCCAGUGCCGUGAGCACGCUGAGAAGAUGAAAUUCAAGAAGCCCUCUCUCAUCCACUCCAUCUUCUUGCCCGCCCUUCAGGGCCCCGGCUCCAAGAUGUCCGCCAGUAUCGACAGCUCUGCCAUCUUCAUGAGCGACACACCGAACAAGAUCAAGAACAAAAUCAACAAGUUUGCCUUCUCUGGUGGCCAGGAGACCGCCGAGAUGCACCGCGAGCUGGGUGGUAACUCUAAGGUGGACGUGCCCUUCCAGUACUUGACUUUCUUCCUGGAGGAUGAUGAGGAGCUGGAGCGCAUCCGCUCCACUUACGAGAAGGGUGAGAUGAUGACUGGCGAGCUGAAGCAGAUCUGUAUCGCCGAGCUGCAGAAGUACGUCCAGGGCUUCCAGGAGCGCCGGGCUAAGGUCACCGAUGAAAUUGUGGCCGAGUACAUGCGCCCGCGUGAUUUGGAGUGGAAGGGUAACCCCAACCCUGUUGUGGCUGAAAAGAAAUAG